AUGAUUUCGAGUCUCAUUCUGAUUCUGAUGAGGCCUGUGGGAACUGGCCAGGUGUUGAAGGUAAACUCUCUAGUAGAGUUCAAAAACGUAAUCUGUGACUCUGUGGACAAAGACUUCUGCCGCUUUGAAUAUUGUUAUUUAAAAUCGGUAAACAGGACAUACAAGUAUGUGUCAGGAAAAGUCAAUCUAUUCCAACUACCAAUCACCAAUGCCACGGUUAAUAUUGGGUUUUACAAGCGAAUGAAUGGAUAUAAGCCAUUUCUCUAUAAUGAUACCGUUGACGGCUGCAAAUUUAUUAAAAAUCAAAAGGGUAGUCCGAUAACAAAAUAUUACUUUGAUAUUUUUAAGAAUUUCUCCAACAUAAAUCAUUCGUGUCCCUAUAACCAUGACCUCAUUAUUGAAAAACUAACAACAACUGCGGUAAACCAUCAGGUCACAAAGGUAUUGCCUUUUCCGGAAGGGGACUAUAUGCUGCAAAUGAAUUGGAGUGCUAAUGGUGUCCUUCGAGCAAUAACUAAAUUUUUUUUCUCAUUGACUUGA